UUACCGUAUAUAGUGCCAUCAUAUCCCGUAGCGCUGUACAAUAGGUAGACAGGACAUAACAAGUAGUAAAUAAAUAACAAUUUGACUUACAGAAACAACAGGUGAGGAGGACCCUGGUCAAAUGAGCUUACAAUCUAGAGGGAUCUAGAGCACAAUGUUUUGCCUGUAGCAAGGCACUACCUACAUGUAUUUAUUUCAUACGGAAGUCAUUAUCUACUCGUAUACAAUGCAUUCAGUAAACAGCUUGCUUGCCGCGAAGGAAAGCUUGUGCUUGCAGGUUUAAGCAUCACCACUGAAAAUCAAUUUAAAAAGAGUUGAGGCGGUUGCUAAAUACUGGUGCAGGUCACAGCAAGUCUGAUGCCUUGCCAAGUAUUCUCACUGCAGUAUAUCUGAUAGCACGCUUUCCAGUAUGAGCUGACUUUAGACUUUUCUGGUUAAGUGAUGACUACUGACUUCUCUGAUAGGAUUGCUUACUCUUCGGAACUUACAGAUCACAGGCAAAUCAGGGAAUAAAUCUCAAGACAGCGGCAUUGCAGAAAUGGAGGAGCUGCCCGUCCCUCACAACAUCAAAAUAAGCAACAUCACAUGUGAUUCUUUUAAGAUUUCAUGGGACAUGGAUGCGAAAUCCAAGGACCGAAUCACACACUAUUUUAUUGAUCUUAACAAGAAGGAGAACAAGAAUUCCAACAAAUUCAAACAUAAGGAUGUCCCCACCAAAUUGGUAGCCAAGGCAGUUCCGCUACCAAUGACGGUCCGUGGUCACUGGUUUUUAAGCCCAAGGACAGAAUAUACUGUUGCUGUCCAGACCGCCUCUAAACAAGUGGAUGGAGAUUACGUUGUUUCUGAAUGGAGUGAAAUUAUUGAAUUCUGCACUGCAGAUUAUUCAAAGGUCCAUCUGACACAGUUGAUGGAGAAAGCAGAGACAAUUGCAGGACGUAUGCUUAAAUUUUCAGUUUUUUACCGAAACCAACACAAAGAAUACUUUGACUAUACCCGCCAGAACCAUGGCAAUGCCAUGCAGCCCUCUCUAAAAGAUAAUAGUGGCAGUCAUGGAUCUCCCAUCAGUGCAAAGCUGGAAGGGAUAUUUUUCAGCUGUAACACCGAGUUUAAUACUGGGAAGCCUCCACAAGAUUCACCGUAUGGAAGGUACAGGGUGGAGAUACCUGCAGAAAAACUCUUCAACCCAAACACCAACCUGUACUUUGGUGACUUCUACUGUAUGUACACUGCCUACCAUUACGUCAUCCUCGUCAUCGCCCCUGCGGGUUCUCCAGGUGAUGAGUUCUGCAAGCAGCGCCUUCCUCAGCUAAGCCUCAAUGAUAACAAGUUCCUGACCUGCACUGAAGAUGAAAAAGGCCUCGUAUUUCACCAUGCCCAGGAUAUUAUCCUGGAAGUCAUUUAUACUGACCCUGUGGAUCUUUCUAUUGGCACAGUCGCAGAAAUCAGCGGCCAUCAGCUCAUGAGUUUGUCCACUGCCAACGCAAAGAAAGACCCAAGCUGCAAGACCUGCAAUAUCAGCGUUGGACGUUAAAAGCCCAUUUGGCCUACCAAGAAGCAGUUAACCCUCCCUUCUUUCAUUCUUACCAGACAUUUUCUCUGGAAGCAUGCAAAAUGCAGCUGUCACCAAAAGCAUACACUGAAUCUAGAACUUCUUAAUCCCUAAACCCCUUCGCUGCCUGAAGAAACCUCCACUGCAUUGCACGGUAGUUCCUCCUGCAGCAAAGGAUUCAACUCUGAGUGCCAGAGACGUGAGCAAACCCACCUCUUGACAACUAUGUCACUCAAAUGGGUUAAUAGCUUUUUUUUAUUAUUAUUAUUCUUAUUACUUGUGAAGUUGAUGCUGCUCUUAACCGUUAUGAACCGUUUUCUUUCUCUAAUAACUUUCAUACUUACGUUGCCGUCAUUGUCUAAUUUAUGCCGUUUUGUUUUCCCUUCGCUCUUUUGCCAAAAUGUAACUAAACCUCUAUGUAGACUGCUUUAGCAAGGUAAACAAUUAUCAAUUACGGCUUUAUUGGGGUGUCUAAAUAGCGAUCAUUUUUAUCUACUAAAACUACUGGGAUAACGCAAAAAAAAAAGCAUGAAAAGUUGUAACUGCAGCAUGAUUGAAAUCUCAAUGCCUAGAAUAUUUCAGCACUUCCAGCUAGUGGCUUGGCAGUGUUAAAUGUGAAAGAUAUUAGCUAACAGGAAAAAUACUGUAUUCCACCAUCAUAAAUAAGAUAGAAAAAUAUUUUAUUUGUACCGUUGUAUAAAAUAUUUACAAUCAUAUAGAAUAUAUAGAGCACAUUUAUUAGCAUCUGUAUACAUGUCAUAAACCGUUUUCCCUUAUCAAAGGUGUAGACUGUAAACUUCAUAGUCGUGUAUACGUUCUUGUUACUCUUGCUUCAAAUAUUUUAAUUAAAAACAAACAUAAGUCA